AUAUCCUCUAUUUAUCUUUAUAAAUGUAAAUGCACCAGUCAAAUUUGUAGUUGCAAAAAGGUUACAAGAACAAAUAAUACAUUGACAGAUGUUGUAUAACGAUGCAUUUUGUAUGGAAGGGUUAGUCAUUGUGUUUAAUAACAACCUCACACAUGCUAUUGUAAUAGGCCUAACUGAAAAUUGGGUUCAAUGCGUUUUCAGUGGAGUAAAGUAUAUUUUAUACAGAUAUUCUACUAGUUUGGGGGUAUGCCUUAAGAUUUACUACCCACACACACACACACACACACACACACAUACACACCCCGGUUCCGUCUUGCCUGCAUUUGUGAAUUUAUUUGGAGAGGACCGACUGUAUGUUUUGCAUAUAUAAUAAUAUAUAAGCUUACGUUUAUGCUUGCUAAAAACUGAACGAAGCUAGAAAGGUAUUAAAGUUAUAAAACAUGUCUGUUUUAUGGAGAAAAACGUUUACAACAGAGUGGCUUUAAAAGGCCUAGGCCUACUUUACACACUGUAAAUGUAUAGGCCCUAAAUACGGUACCAUAAACCGAAUAUUUUUGUUGCUGUAGGUCACAGUUAGGCCUAUUUUUUAAAAUUAGUAUUAUAAUUACUAUUAUUGUUUAAAUGUUUGGGGUUUUUUUUUACUUUUGGUGUUAUUAUUAUUAUUAUUUAUUAGUCCAUUAAUAAAACUACAUGGCAUGUGUAAUUUAAUGUGACAGGAAUUUUAGCAUGGUGUGGUUGUGCCUUACUGUAUAGGCCUACUAUCAAGCGAAUUUUAUAGGGGGUCGAAAAAUUAUCCCCUGGAAAAUGUAUAUUGGAGAGGAGGAGAACAUCUGCUUGAGCAGGGGGAUGGGGUGGGGUUCGACUCCAAAACCCCAGCCCUUGUAAACACGCAUGGGCAGAUUUAUUCAGCAUAUAGACACCAGUCGUAUCAACUUGGCCAUGCAUGUUAUGUUUACUUGAGAAACUUUUGGCACGGCUCAGUUUACGUUAUGACGUCUUAGUGAUAAAGGGAAGAAACUCGUGAUGGUGUUCCGGCGACGAAAACGGUCUAUGGCAUCGAUUUAAAGAAAACACAGAAAACAUCUUACUUCAUGUAUACAACGUAAUAUAUAGUUUCUAAUUAUCGCAGCUUCUGCAAAUAGCAUCGCCAUAUGGCUUCUGGAAGUGAAGACAUCUCCGCGGAACUGAUAUGUCCAGUCUGCCUGAACCAGUACGUGAAACCGAAAUCUCUUCCUUGCUCCCACACGUUCUGCGAAACUUGUCUGAACGCCGAAAUAUUCGCGGCCAUCAAUCGAGGUGCGGCCUCGGAGAAAGGAUUUCACUGUCCAGUGUGCAAGGCCUUCAUCAACGCUCCUCAACCGCCGAUUCCCAUAACGGCCUGGUCACGUAGCUUCCCGACAGUGACCGCCCUGAACAACAUCAUCGAGAAGAUGACCAACAACUGCCCCAGUCACCCGACCCAAGAGCGCAACCUGUUCUGCCUCAACUGCAAGGACCUCUUGUGCACCACAUGUGCCUGGGAAUCUCACAAAGAGUGCCCCAACGUCGCUAACAUCAGUGCUGCUGCCGAGAGGGCCAAAGGGGCGCUGAAGUCGUACAUCGGUCCGAUAAACGCAAUACCACACGACAGAUUGCCCACGGCGGAGUCUCUGGACGUAAAGCUCAAGGAGUUGGACAAGAUGCACGACGAGGUUCUUAAAGACAUCACCAAUUCUGCCAGCUCAGCACGAGAGAGUAUCAGCAACCGUGAGCAGAUCCUGCUGAAUAAACUGAACUUGGCGUACACGGCAAAGCGUCAGAAACUGAUGUCGAUGUCAUUUAGUAGAAAAUUUGUAUCUAAUGCGAAGAACAAAAUUAGCAGGUAUGUUAUGAUGGACAAUAAACUGGAAUUGUUGCACAAGUUUAAAUUGUUCUGUACUGCGUACGACAAUGCUGUGAAGAAUAUUAAGAUUUCUUUUGCGUUUGACAUGGAUCAAGAGAUGUUUAACUUUUGCUCGCAUUCGAAAUACAAACUGGGUUCAUGCGCUAAGUCGUGUAUGUUCUACAACUACACGUCUUCAAGUGGGACGAGUCAGUAAAGGCAUUUCUGUUGGAGUGUCCUCCAGUAACACAUCGUCUGUGUGAGAAAUGGGCGAAUACCCAAUUUAGUAAAACAGCUCACACAGAUAUGUUAAGACUUUCUAAUCCAACGAACUAACAGGGGUUUUAUUCAAUGGUUUCUACUGAAAUACACUGUUCAAAAAGUUUUCAUCGACUUCAAACAUGAUAGACGAUUUUAGAAGAGUGAACUAAAAGUGAUAAGUUUAUUUAUAUGAACUGUGAAAUGUACUGGUAUCCAUAUUUUAAUUCAUAUUUUUAAAAAUGAACUGUGAAGCGUAAUAUUUAGUAAAUGCAAGUUACGGUAGUUCACAGUUUUUUUUAGAUAUACACUUUGCUUCACGCAUGACGUUUCGAAAGCCUGGUUAAAUCGUAAGUUCCUGAUAAAAAAAUUGAAAAGGAUAAAAGGAAGAAAGAGAGAACGGAAGACUAACAGUUCAAAAUGAU